AUGAGGAGAGGUAGAGGCUCUUCCGCCGCCGCCGCCGGUGGACCGACCGCGGUUGCCGUCAUCGCGAAUCACAACGGAUCUAUCAAGGAGACGCGAUUCAGAGGCGUGAGGAAGAGGCCUUGGGGUCGAUUCGCAGCGGAGAUCCGUGAUCCUUGGAAGAAAUCUCGUGUUUGGCUUGGUACUUUCGAUUCCGCCGAGGAAGCCGCCCGCGCCUACGACGCCGCCGCCAGAAACCUCCGUGGACCCAAGGCCAAAACCAAUUUCCCGAUCGAUUGCUCUCCUUCUUCUCCCCAACAACUCAACUACCAACAACAACAGAAUCUGCGAUUCUCCUCUUUCGCAGCGAACCAAAAUCAAAAUCAGGUCGAUCCGUAUAUGGACCAUCGGUUAUACGCCGGAGCUUCACACCUCCCGGAGCAGCAGUAUCCGAUUGUUAGCCGGCCGACCAGCAGCAGCAUGAGCAGCACCGUUGAAUCGUUCAGCGGACCGAGACCUACGGCGACUAACUCCGUCGCGAGAACGCCGUCGACGGCGACGGCGAAGAGAUAUCCUAGAACGCCGCCUGUAGUUCCGGAGGAUUGUCACAGCGAUUGCGAUUCGUCGUCUUCCGUUAUCGACGACGGAGACGACGACAUAGCAUCGUCUUCCCGUCGUCGGAAUCCGCCGUUUCAGUUCGAUCUUAAUUUCCCACCGUUGGAUGAUGCUGAUUUCUUCAACGGCUCAGAUGAUCUUCACUGCACCGAUCUUCGUCUCUAA